GUGGCCCAUGGAGUCUCCCGCCGCCUGCAUAUUACUCCUACUCCUGCUGGGGGAAGCCACAGCCUUCUCCUCGGCCAGAAGGACAGGACACAGGCAGCCGACACCAGCCUGCCCCCCGGAGGACGAGCUGUUGCCCUGUGUAUGUCACUUGCGAGGAACAGAGAUCCACAUCACGUGUGAGAAUAGUGAGAUAGAAGUGGUGGUGUCGUCCAUGGAGGCGCUGAUGAAACGUGUCCUGCGGGUGGAAGAGCUUCACCUGGUCAGCAACCGAAUUCCCGUUCUUCCCGGCAGGAUCUUCGGGUCCAUACAGAUCAACAAACUCUUCCUCAUCAACAACGAGAUGGUUGGCAUUACCCGCAACGCCUUCGCGGGCCUCGAGUCGUCUCUACAACAUCUCUACAUCUCGGAGCCCGGCCUCUACGACCUACCCUUUGACACCCUAGACAAUCUAGCUAACCUGAGAACCUGUGUGCUGGAGAACACAGAUAUAUUACAAAUACCCAGAUUAUAUUCCCUCUCCAAGCUGGAGUUUUUAAAGAUCGAUGGUUCUAAAGUAUCGUCUAUUCCUUCAGCCGCCUUCCGGUUUAUGCCCAACAUGAAAAAGGUUCAUAUUGCCAACAGCCAGUUAAAAAAGAUUGAAGGCAAUGCCUUAGAAGGAUUAGUGUACCUGAAGGAGGUAAAUUUUUCCAAUAACGCCAUCAACUGGAUUCAUCCAAGAGCUUUCAGGACUCUGAAUACUGUGGAGCAUCUGUCACUAGCAGGUAAUCAGCUCUCUGACGCCGCCAUGGCCGUCCUCGCCGCCAGAGAGUUGAGAGAACUGAAGAUAUUCGAUCUCAGCAGGAACCUCAUAGUUGGACUUGCAAAGGGGACAUUCUUUGAUAUGCCAACUGUGCAAAUAAUAUACUUGAGACAAAACUUAAUCUCGAAGGUAGAGCGGGGUGCCUUCUUCAAGCUUCCAUCAUUGCGGAGAAUAGAUCUUAGUGGAAAUCUUCUGGACGAGUUCCAUGCUGAUAUUUUCACGGAGUCUCUUGGUAUGGAACACCUAAACAUUGCUCAAAACAAUCUGACAUAUAUGACCGAAAUGAGAAACAUCGUCCGAGCUCUUCCGAACCUCAAGAGCCUAGAUUUGAGCAAUAAUCAUCUGAAAAUCGAAAAUCCAAAGGUUUUUGAGGGGCAUCUCAAAUUAGAAGCUCUGAAAAUUAACCACAAUGAAAUAGAAAAAUUACAAAAAGGAUUAUUCCAGGAACUUCCCAAUUUGAGGGAGUUGUACUUGAGUAAUAAUUUCAUUCAGAGUGAUUUUGAUGAUCAAGUGUGGGAUCUGCCGAUGUUGAGAGUUCUGGAUUUGUCCCACAACGAAAUUAAAAAGGUAGAUAUUCACCUGUUGGAAGGUCUGCCUCAACUAAGCAGUCUGGACCUCAGCUUUAAUGUGAUCACAAAUGUGGCAGAGAAUACCUUUGUCGGCUCCACCUACUUAAAAAAUCUCAACAUGUCUUUUAACAGUAUAUCGAAGCUUCCUAAGAAUAUCUUUGCGGGGCUUGGAGAGUUGUUCGAACUAGAGUUGAGCUUCAAUGAACUACUGGCACUGGACGAUGGGCUGUUCCUGGGUCUAACCUCUCUGGAAUUUCUGCACCUCACUCAUAAUCAAAUUGUUUCUAUUGACACAGAAACCUUUAAAGAUACUUCCAAGUUACGCUACUUGGACCUUUCAGCAAAUCUGGUGCAGGACCUGCCUGCCGAGGCACUGGGAAAGCUCUCUACCCUCCACGUCCUCAAACUCCAUCGCAACGCCAUUAAUCAAGUCCUUGAUGGCUACCUCAAGGGCCUUCGUAUGGUUGAGCAUCUUGAUCUCUCAAACAAUCACAUCCAGGUUCUAAGUCAAACAGCUUUCCGGGACAUGGUUGUUUUAAGAGAUCUUGACCUUAGCGUGAACUACAUCCAAAAUCUCCAUCCCGACAUGUUCUCCACCACUAAAUUGCUGGAGAAACUCAACAUCAGCCAUAAUUACAUCACUGAUCUAGGCCACCAUACGUUUAGUAACGUCAAACACCUCAGGAUUCUCGACUUGACCAAUAACUCCCUUACUGAGCUCGGAGAGGCAGUCAUGGGUCUCUCUUCUCUACAAGGUCUCUUCAUCAGUGAUAACUAUAUCAGUAUUCUAAAAAACACUUCCUUUGUUGAGCUCCCAAAUCUUGAUAUUCUUAAAUUUGACAACAAUGGCCUCCAAACUUUUGAAGUGGGAACAUUCCACAACCUCGACUCUCUCAUCACACUAGAUAUGAGGAACAACAAUCUCGUAGAGCUCAAUCCUGAUUCCUUCAAGUCCUUAAAGUCCUUAGAGGAGUUGCAGCUGAGCAAGAACCAGAUUGCAAUAAUUAAGGAUUUUGCUUUCACAGACCUGACAUCCCUCAGAAGCUUAGAGUUGCAAGACAAUGCCAUUACAGAGAUGGGCGCCCAUGCCUUCCAUAACAUGCCCGCAGUCAAGUUCAUCAACCUCAGUCGCAACGGCUUCCAGGACAUUCCAGAAGACUCACUGGGGAGACUGGUCACCCUUGACGUCCUAGAUCUUAGCUGGAAUUAUAUCUUGGAAGUCAAGGAUUCCAGCUUCUAUGGGCUGGAACGGCUGACAGUGUUAAUGCUGCACGACAACGACCUAUGCCGCCUCUCCGGGGGGUCGUUCGCCAGCCAGCGAGCCCUGAGGAUCCUCACUCUCCACAACAACCAGCUCCGGCGCCUCCACCUGCGGGCCCUGGGCGCCACCAUCACCGGCCUCUCCCUCCUCGACAUGAGUGGUAACCCGUUCCAGUGCGACUGCGAUCUGGUGUGGCUGAGGGACUCCCUGACUGAGGACCCUGACGGCGACCGUGGGCCUCGCACCGCUAUCCUUGGGGACUCCCUCAGGGGCGUCCCUGUCUGCGCUGCUCCUCCACAGUACAAGGGACUUCCCAUCACUAAGGUGCCAGCGCAGGCCUUCCUGUGCGAAGGGGAAACUACUCCAGAAGACGGGGAGGUGUGUGUACCCAGGUUCCUCGACCCACAGCUCUUCACAGGUGGUGAAACAGGCGAGGCUGUUGACCCUGGAGCAGCUAACACCUUGUUCCGGCUCACCAACCUGACCAAGGGCACCUCCCAGGGCGGCAUAGGGCCAUCCUACCUCGACUACAACAACCCCAUCUUGGUUCACGAGCUGCCCGCCUUCAUCUCCCCCGCCACGACUGGCCCAGUCACUGCAGGCACCACCACCACCACCACUACCACCACUACCACCCCGUCAGUGUCGUCGGCUGCCACCACCACCUCCGUCAGCGCCCAGGGCGCCUCGGCUGUACCUCUCAGCACGACUGCCAAGGCGGAGCAGCAGCUGGGGACGGUGUCGUCGAGCAUCCACACGGUGACGGGAGACACACCCACCAUCUACGCGGGGUCGUCAGGGAGCAGCAGCGGCAGCAGCACCGCUCUAGUGGACGACCACAAGCAUGAGACUACCACCGAGACUGGCCUCUUCAGCGGUCUCAUGUUUCCCACUCUUCCCAAUAUCCUGGAGACCAUCACUAACUUCAGGCUCCCCAACAUAGGCCUCAACGUCAACUGGGCAGGCCUGCCAGUCAUAGGCCGCCAUGAGACAGGGGCCGUGUCUGAGUUCGGGCCGCUGGACGACGACAAGCCCAUGAAGGGCCCUGACAAUAGUCAACCAAUUUGGAUUGAUGGACCCACCAGUCCACACCCUCUCUUCCCCUCCCCUCCACCACCAAUUAGACAGUCUAUGGCCAUGAAGCCUCCCCCGCCACCAGCCGAGGUGGCGAACCAGGCGAAGGGAGGCUCCAUACCUCGGCUGCCUGUGAGGGGCCCCGGGGUGCCCUUUGUGUUCCCCGUGGUGAAGGGAGAGCGUCACCGGCCGGGGGUGCCUGGCGUGGUGGUGCCUGUCAGCCGCCCCACCAACGUGUGGGGAGACAGGCCUCACCCAGGGCCCGCACAGAGCCCCAUACACCCUCACGCCAGGCCCGCGCUGCCCUCCGUCAUGCACCCUCACCCAGGACCCAGUUUUGACACCCCGUUCCUGCCUGUCUCCGGUAAUCAACAAUCUCACACCGGACUCAGGCAACCCAACAUUAUCAACCGUCAGCCCUCGGUUACCUCACAUUUCACACCCACAGUGCCUCAACCCUCCGGAGGUUUCCUGCCGCAGCUUCCUGACACUGGCACCAAGAUACCAGGUGCCAUGAGAGGCACAGUGCCGCGGUGGUCGCCCCCGGCCGUCAUCCACCCUGACUCUGGGGUGUCCCAUUAUCAGCCCAACGAACCGUUUCUCCCAUACCAACCACACGACCCCAACCAUCCCAUCACCAUCGUAGAUCCCCCAAACAUGUCCGGCGCCCACCGCUGGACUCCUAACCAGCCCACCCGCCCACCCGGCCCCGUCCCGCCCAUGGCCAUGGUGACGGCCACCAGCACUGCGACGGACAUGUCGCCGUCGGAGAGUCAGUUGGGAGGCGGUGGGCUCGGACACGGGUCGCUGGAGGUCACAGCAGCUGGCGUCGAGCGGCCACCGUCGUCCUCUGACAUGGCCGCCACGGCCUCCCGCCCUCUCGCCGUCCCAUCAUCAUUCUCACCGACAUCGUUAGUCGCCAACCCCCCGCUCAUCAAAACUCAAUUAAGCAACUUUUCACCAUACCCAAACGAUGAGCAAAAUGGCAAUUCUUCUAAAGAUCAUCCUAUGGUACUGCAUCCUCCACCCCCACACGCCCCUCCACCCUCACACGCCCCUCCACCCUCACACGCCGCACCACACGUCACGCCAAAUUUUUCCCCAACAUGGCCUCCAUUACCUGCGACGACUUCCGACUCUCAGCUGGUGACUUCGCAAACAAUACACGCUUCCACCACUGCACUAGAAGGGCAUCCUGCUACGCCCGCGCGCCCUCUACCAGCCGCACCCACACGCCCUCCACCUGUUGCACCAGCACCCUCUCCGUCUGCUUUACCCACACGUCCUGAAUCUGUCACGCCCACACAUCAUGUAUUUGCUAUGCCAACUCACCCACUACUUGUCACACCCUCAGGCCCAGAACUUGCCACACCCACACACCAAGCAUCAGUCGUCCCAACACAUCCACCACCUGCCACGCCCACCCGUCCACCACCUGCCACGCCCACGCAUCCACCACCUGCCACACCCACCCGUCCACCACCUGCCACGCCCACGCGUCCACCACCUGCCACGCCCACGCAUCCACCACCUGCCACACCCACCCGUCCACCACCUGCUAUGCCCACGCGUCCACCACCUGCCACGCCCACGCAUCCACCACCUGCCACGCCCACGCAUCCACCACCUGCCACGCCCACGCGUCCACCACCUGCCACGCCCACGCGUCCACCACCUGCCACGCCCACGCGUCCACCAUCUGCCACGCCCACACGUGACCCAGACUCUCCAGAGGCGUCUGAGACCUCCCUGAGCGACCUGCUGGGGCUGCUAUACGCCGCCGAGGACGAAGUACAGCGAGAACAGCACCAAGAGCCCCCUGAAGGUGCUGACCUCUCCCAGGGAGGCUUCCCGGCGCUCGAGGACACUCCGCCCGACGCUCACCUCUCCGGCUCCCCCUCGGCCGUGACUAUCAGGUCCCCUUCCGUCUCCUCCACUCCUACACCAGCGCCACAGUACUCCACUACCACCACCCCCACCAGCCGCCCUACAACCAUGUCCACCACCAGGAGCACCACCACCACCAGCCGCCCUACAACCAUGUCCACCACCAGGAGCACCACCACCACCAGCCGCCCUACAACCGUGUCCACCGCCAGGAGCACCACCACUAACCGUCCUGCAGCUGUGACCUCCACCACCGCCACCUCUCACAUUCCAUCCGAUAAACAUUUGUUCCCGGAGGACAUCUUCCCGCCACAGGUGGGUGAGGACGUGCGGGAAGACCUCGCGUCUGACUUCCUCGGGAAGUCAACCUCGUCUUCCUCCGGUGAACAUCUCGGAGAAGUGUCAGAGAGCAGCAGCGAAUUCCCCACAGUCGUAUCCCCUUUAGUCUUGCACUCUGUAACCCCGCUACAAGAUGACGAGUCCCUCUCGAGGCACCCCAUGCAGGAGCGGCCUGGUGCCGCCACAGCGCACUCCAGGUCACGGCCAGGCGUCGUCUUCCCCGUGGACAAGUCAGGCGAGCCACUACUGGGCUCCGUGCCCCGCGUGCCCCCUAACAACACCUACAUCAGCCCGAGCAAGAGCAUGGGGCGGGGCGGAUACCCAACCAUCGAGCGGGUCUACCAGCCUGGGCAGCUGGAGACCGACACGGAGGAUGAGGUCGACCUUCCCUCCGAGACCGCGACUCUCAUGCCUGACGCUACCUCCCAGGAGCCGCUCCUCCACGAGUCAGAGUUCUCUACGAGUGAGGCAAAUGUCAUCGACUGGUACUACAACAACUACUACCGGGAGUAUGCGUCCCUGCCCGUCGGGGGCAACAAGCCCACUAAUGGCGCCCACAUGCCAGCCCUGGAGGGCCCCGUCCUCUUCACCUGCUUCCUGGCUACCUUACACCUCAUACACUGGUAGCCACUCCAGUGCUCUCUCCUCAUACUCAUCAGUGUUAUACAUAGACCAUACACAGGCUGGUGUAUAAGAAGCAACUGCACCCUGUCAUACUACAUAUAAACAUUAUAUAUAAAUAAAAAAUUAUACUCCAACCUUUCCAGUGUCGGAAACAAACUCUAAACGCAUUUUACCUCAGCGGUUCCUUAGGGACAUAAACUAAAGGGUAAUAACUAAAUAUGAAUUACAAUUAAGGGAUAACUA